AUGAGUAGAAAUUUGUUUGCAAGGCUUUUGCUCGUUGCUAAAAGCCGGGACAUUGAUUUGCAAAAUGUCCUGUCUUACUGCCUUGGUGCAUAUCCAUUAUCACUUGCCUCCGUGAGUGGCAGUCUUUUAAAGACGGCAAAGUCAAAAUUGGCGGACAUACUGGAACGUGAAAGCGGAAACCCGCAUGUUGACAUAACAGACAUUCCAAAUAAUAAUGCACUCAUUGUAGAUGCCAUGGCUGUUGUGCAGUGCUUGGAAGGAAACUGGAAAACCUUUGGUGAUUUUGCGGAUUCUGUUUUCAAUUUCCUCAUGAAAUUAGCUCAUGAUUGUCGUGCAUUAUGA